AUGGAUGAUGGACAAUGGCUACUGCAAAGGACGACGCACGACUCACGGAGCGUGGGACCGGACAUGACCAUAUGGCCACCGCGCGGUGCGCUCUCCGCUGCUCGUCUAAAAAUAACGAGAGAUGAAGAAGUUGAUGAGGCGGGCCAGGGAGAUCACGGCGGUUGCUCAGCCUCGCAGACAAGCUUCUGUAGGGCCGUUUCACUGCCAGCGGGAACCCAUUCGGGCCAGACGAGUGCAACAUCCAUGGGCCGGUCGACAUCGCCUCUGCAGCAUCACACGCUGCCGUGCCGAGUGGCCGGUCGGGACUCAAUCACCACUCCACCCUACCCUGCCGCCAUGCCCCCUCCCGUUCGGGCUGUGUCUCCUUCGACCUGCUCGACGGAGGUGGCGCGGAGCGUGCAGCACAGCAAACCCACUGGCCAUCUGAAGGAUGCAAACCAGCAGGGCCGCCAGCGGUCCGGAAGCGCUGCGGACGCCCUUCCCUCGACGGCGUCGCAGGGAUAUCCUGAGGCCGCAGACUUUUCUAGAGAGUCGCUAGAAGACGAAUCGACAACCUCGCCGUUCCAACCGUCGCCGUUAGUAUCUCAUGCAAACUUCUCUGCGCAACCUUCAGUCCGCUCGGCGCGGUCUUUCUCUCAGCCAUCACCAGUAUCGAUAGCUCAAGUUUCACUUCUGCCGCAGCAACAUGGCUCUUCAACUCACGGCACCGAGGCUUCGUUAUUUGAGUCGAGAGCCGUGCUGAAUAGGCCAUACGAGGAGCCUGUUGCAUACCAGAAUGUCACUCCCUUCGGGCCUGCCCAGGAACACGGGCCCAAGCCGGACUACGAAGCAAUCGCAUACAACGCACACGAUACACGAGAGACACGGCCUCCGAGCUAUGGAUCGCAGCAACAUCUCAGACGUCCUAGGCGAGUGAUGGAUGCUUGGAGGCCUGGGCAUAUUAUGAGGUUUCCCGUGUGGGGGUUUGGUGCGCUUCUCGGAGUGAUUGCUUUCACUGGAGCGUCCUUGGGCAUACUGCUGGCAAGUGAUGGUGAUCGUGUCAGCAAGUGGCAAGUGAACAACAUACAGCCUUCAGUCUAUCUUUCAGGCUUUUCCCUGAUUAUGGAUUCAUUGGCUGCGUUCGCUUUAGCGGAAGGUCUAACCGUCCGAUUUUGGACACAGGCCAUGCGUGGAGUCUUUAUAAGCGUUUUGUACGAUAUUUUCGAAUCUGGCUGGUUAUCUGGUGCUCUACGAUGCGCCAUACGUCUUCGCUUUAAUAUGGUCGCUGUUGCAUGUCUUCUCGCCGCAGUCUCUACUACACGAGGGCCUUUUUUUCAACGCGCCUCUACCGUCACUAAUGAUUUGCUUCCUACCAGUGGCACAAUAGAUAUCCAGAUGGCAUCAAACCCUUUAAUAGACUAUUUCGAGUCUGCCACGACCGACCAACAGAUAAGGGGCUCGUUUACGCCAGAGCUCUCUGCUCUUGUAAGAAACUUCAGCGCUGGGGCCCCUUUUCCACACGAAUCGCCCGGAUGCGGCGACAUCUGCACAGCAACGGCCAAGGGAAUCGGCUUCAAUGUAACCUGCACUACGAGCGAGCAAUCUUUCGACCUUACCUCCCUCCCAGAAAGCUGUAAAACUUGCACCGACAAAACCUGUCGAUCCCACUGCAAAAACCUAGCCGCGCAAGACUACAACUUCAACUUCUUCUCCGUCGGCUACAACACCUCCGACGACCAAUCCCUCACCCUCUUCACCACCUUCAAAACCGAACCUAAUUGCGCCGGCACCAUCCAAACCCACACCUGCUCCCUCACCCAAGGGACAGUCACCUACCCCAUCACCCUCACCAACAACACCAUCUCGCGCCAGAACUCUCACGAGAACCUCACCAACCAAACCUCAAGCGAAUCCUUCAACACCACCAACUCUCUCGAUCCCAAAUUCAUAACCAAAUACUGGCCCACCCUCUUCAGUACCCUCUUCCCCCCGAUCGCCGUCAACGUCUCUAUCCGCGAAGACUUCGGCGCACAGCUUUACACCAAAUGCGCCGCCGCACCCAGCAACGCGUGGGCCGAGCCUUCCAGCAACGCCUCCUCUUGCUCCGGUACCACCCCCCCUUUCCUGCAAGACCUAGGCAUCCGCUACGCCACCCCGUCCCUCGACGCCUCCGGCAACGCGGCGGGCGACGUCUGCAAUGCGACCUUCCGUGACCCAAUGCCCGACCUCGUCGACGGGCUGCAGGAGCUCGCCUUCCGCAUCUCCCUCGCCAUGGCGCUCGCCAACUCCACCGCCUUCCUGCCCGGCAUGAGCGCUGCGCAGGUCGACGACGCGCGAAAAGGGUGGGCGCAGCGCGUCGACUACCAUGGCUGGGAAACCGCCACCGUCUUCCACACGAACGGAACCUACGUCGCGCUCGGCGUCAUCGCGUCGUUGCUCGGCGUGCUCGCGACUCUGCCGCUGUAUAACCAGUGGUGGGAGCUCGGGCGUCGGGUGAGCCUGAAUCCGCUUGAGGUGGGCAGGGCGUUUGGGGCGCCGGUGCUCGACGGGCUCGACGGCAAUGCGGGCGCGGCGCGGGUGGUGGCGGAGCAGGGGGACAAGGUGGUGCGGUACGGGGUUGUGGAACGGUAUGGGGCGGAGAAGAAGUUGAGAAUCGAGGCGGCGGGGAGCACGAGGGCGCCGUGGCAGAAUGAGGUGUUUGGGUAA